UUGGUGGGAAACACAUUUGGAACUAAAAGUUAUGGGCCUAUGUUAAAAAUGAAUAAGGAAAACCAAACACAGGAGGAAACAUCAGUCCUGCUUGUGUGAGAGCUGUCACUCGAGCCGGUGCUGCUUGUCAUUUUCUGCAACAAGAUGGCGGUCGUUCCAGAGAACAGAGUCCUCUCCUUCAGUGUUUUUAAAUGGAGCUCUUAUUCCUCCACAUAUUUACCAGAAAACAUCUUGAUGGACAAACCCAAUGACCAGUCCUCCAGGUGGUCGUCUGAGAGCAACUACCCUCCACAGUACUUAAUGUUGAAAAUGGAAAGGCCAGCGAUCGUUCAAAGCAUCACCUUUGGGAAGUAUGAGAAGACUCACGUGUGCAACCUGAAGAAGUUCAAAGUGUUUGGUGGGAUGAGUGAAGAGAACAUGACAGAACUCCUGUCCAGUGGCCUGAAGAAUGACUACAACAAGGAGACCUUCACCUUGAAACACAAGAUCGACGAACAGAUGUUUCCCUGCAGAUUUGUUAAAAUAGUGCCUCUGAUGUCUUGGGGGCCCAGUUUUAACUUCAGUAUCUGGUACAUUGAGCUGCAUGGCAUAGAGGAACCUGACGUAGUGCAGCCCUGCCUUAACUGGUACAGCAAGUACCGGGAACAGGAAGCGAUCCGCCUGUGCCUGAAGCACUUCCGGCAGCAUAACUACACAGAGGCCUUUGAGUCGCUGCAGAAGAAGACACGCAUCGCGUUGGAACACCAAAUGCUGACACACCUCCACGACCGCCUGGUACUCCGUGGAGACUUUGACGCCUGUGAGGAGCUCAUCGACAAAGCUGUCAAAGACGGUUUAUUUAACCAGUACAUCAGCCAGCAAGAGUACAAGCCAAGAUGGAGUCAGAUCAUCCCCAAGAGUAACAAAGGUACAACCGCCCAAGAGCCAAGCCCAGAUGACAUGAACAGUGAGACAAACUAUUCAAGUAAUGAGGAUGACAACAGACCAGGGAUGAGGGGAGGUCAUCAGAUGGUCAUUGACGUUCAGACAGAGACGGUGUAUCUUUUUGGGGGCUGGGACGGCACACAGGACCUGGCUGACUUCUGGGCCUACAGUGUUCAGGAGAACCAGUGGGUCUGCAUCUCCAGAGACACAGAGAAGGAGAGUGGUCCCAGUGCGCGGUCCUGUCACAAGAUGUGCAUCGACAGUCAGCGGCGGCAGAUCUACACACUCGGCCGCUACCUAGACUCCAGCGUCAGGAACAGCAAGUCUCUGAAGAGUGACUUCUAUCGAUACGACGUCGACGCCAACACCUGGACACUACUCAGCGAGGACACGUCAGCCGACGGCGGGCCCAAGCUCGUCUUUGACCACCAGAUGUGUAUGGACUCGGAGAAGCACAUGAUCUAUACGUUUGGUGGUCGGAUUCUGAUGUGUAACGGCAGUGUGGAGGACAGCAGGACGUCCGAGCCCCAGUUCAGCGGGCUGUAUGCCUUCCACUGCCAGGCCGGAACCUGGAGCCUGCUCAGAGAAGACUCCUGCAACGCUGGGCCUGAGGAUGUCCAGUCACGCAUUGGACACUGCAUGCUCUUCCACACUAGAAAUCGUUGUCUGUAUGUGUUCGGAGGUCAGAGGUCAAAGACGUACCUGAAUGACUUCUUCAGCUACGACGUGGACGGAGACCAUGUGGAGAUCAUCUCAGACGGAACCAAGAAGGACUCCGGCAUGGUGCCGAUGACGGGCUUCACCCAGAGGGCCACCAUAGACCCCGAGCUGAAUGAGAUCCACGUCCUGUCUGGCCUCAGCAAGGACAAGGACAAACGAGAGGAGAACGUCCGUAACUCCUUCUGGAUCUAUGACAUCGCACGCAACAACUGGUCGUGUGUGUAUAAGAAUGACCAGGCGGUGAAGGAGAACCCCAGUAAGGCUCUGCAGGAGGAGGAGCCCUGUCCACGCUUCGCACACCAGCUGGUCUACGACGAAAUGCACAAGGUGCACUACCUGUUUGGAGGGAACCCAGGGAAGUCGUGCUCUCCUAAGAUGCGUCUGGAUGACUUCUGGUCCCUCAAGCUGUGUCGCCCCUCCAAGGAGUACCUGCUCCGACACUGCAGAUACCUAAUCAGGAAGUACAGGUUUGAAGAGAAGGCCCAGUCGGAGCCUCUGAAUGCUCUGAAGUACCUGCAGAACGACCUCUCUCUGACCGUGGACCACACCAACCCUGACGAGACCAAAGAGUUCCAGCUCCUGCCCUCGGCUCUCUUCAAGUCCAGCUCUGACUUCAUCCCUCUGGGUUUCUCAGACGUGGACCAGACGUAUGCCCAGCGCACGCAGCUCUUCGACACGCUCGUCAACUUCUUCCCGGACAGCAUGACCCCGCCCAAGGGUAACCUCGUUGACCUCAUCACACUCUAGCCCCGCCCCAGAACCCUACGCACCACCACCAUAUGCCAAUAAGACUCUGAUUGGCUGGCCCAAAGCCAAACUUCAUAUUUUUCUACACUUGACCCUUCCAAAUUCAGGGGUGCUCUGCUCGCGCACUUGUUGACCCCCUAUUUAGGACGUUGGUUCUUCAACAGCGGAACUGAACUAAAAGGGAAAAUGAGGGUCAGACCACGAUUUAAAGGGGUUGAUACUGAAUGUCACUGUGUGGAAAAAGAAAAAAACACAAACUCCCCCAGGCCUGAUGGUCUUUGUUGAAUAAACUGAUUUAACAGUUUAAAAUAACCCAGAACUCUGCCAAACAUAUCUUCUGUGUCAAGUCAUUUGAUUUGUGAGGUUUACAUGAUGCUUUUACGCGCUGCGUUUGAGUUUGCUUGGCAUUAGUAGCCUGUUAGAUCAAGGAGGAGUCUCUUUUAUUUUCCACUCUGUCUUGCAUCCGUCUCUCUGACACACACCCAAGCACUCACACAAACCUGCUUGUGAAAGUAGUUGUGUUACUUAAUGACACCCUGUCGGCGCGUUGUACGCUGAAUAUACCUUCAACCAAGUUCAUGCUUUUUGCUUGCUCUGCCUGUAUUAUUGGUGCCAUAUUAUAUACCCCAUAUUUAUAAUUAUGACGGCCAUGCUGUUGCACACUACGUGUCAAAAUGUUAAUUUUGUUAUAUAGAAACAAUAGAAUAAUGAUCCUAAGAGACAAUAUAUAUGUCAAUUAAAUCCUCUAUCGAUGUAAAAAAUCAAUCAUGGGUUUGGGGGAAAACAUUGUCAAGUUGUCAAAAGCUUGUGAUUCUGGUAAUGGCUAUUGUAGCUUUAGUGUGAUGUAACCAUGGAUCUGUCACUGAGGCAUGUUGGGAAAUGUAGUUUCCAAGUAUGAACGUUAUUAUUUUUAAACUCAAACUCCCCAUCUUGUAAGAACUGCAAAAUGAUGGUCCUGCUGUAUCAGAGGGAGUGUUUUUUUUUUAUGUACAAACACACAUCUAUACUCACAUGAUCUCAUUGACUGGGAUGUAUCUUCCUUUGACGAUGGGAGUUUAUUUUAUGGGUAAAGGAAGAAUGAAUGAUUGCUUUCAUUGAGAGAGAGCCCAGUCUCCCCCUUUAGCUAUGGCCUGAUUACUGUGUUCUCUCUGUUUCUUAUGCAAACAGUGAUGACGAGACAUUCUUCAAUUCUAACCUAAAGAAAUACAGAACACUAGAUUUCAUUCUUACUCAGAAUAAGGCGAUAGGAGCAUUCACAAGUGAUCUCUAAACACCAAGUUAGCAAAUGGUAUCGGUCUUGUGGCUCCAGCCAAAGUUUUGAUGUACAGGAAAUGUUUUUGAUUGGUUCAUAAUCAUUAUGCUGGAACUGAGGAUGCCCUUUGAUAUAGCUGACGUGUGUGUGUGUGUGUGUGUGUGUGUGUGUGUGUGUGUGUGUGUGUGUGUGUGUGUGUGUGUGUGUGUGUGUGUGUGUGUGUGUGUGUGUGUGAGAGAGAGAGAGUCUGUCCGUCAAUAUGUGUGUUUGUCUCGGAUCGCCAGGGUAUUUUGUCUAGUUCACCUGUGUAACAUAAACAUUUGCCUCAUAUUGUUCUUCCAUUAAUCUCAGUAGGAGAGAUGAUUGAAGUGAUCCCCUCUGUCCUCCUUCUCAAGAAUAGUAGCAGCCUAGUCUUCCAUUACAUUGUGUGUAUUGUCUAUAUAUUUAGCAUUUUUCUGAGACCGCUGUACAGUAUGCAGAGUACACUCUAGGCAAAGGCUUAUGGAGUCUGUGAAAUAUCCAUCCCCUUAGUGGAGUUGAUUGAUCUCAAAACAAUCAGAUAACCAGAGAUGGAGGGACUAUUCACAUUCAAGGAGACACACACUUGGUGCUUGACUCCUGUCAAGGGUGGUAGAGACAAACUUUAGAGAUACUUUUUCUUGUUAGAUGCUUAUAAAUCCUUGAUCAAAAUCCUAAUCAAAUUGGCAGAUUGUACACUACGUCCCAAUAGAUUCAUUACAUCUGGUUUCUUCAUACAGGCAUAUACAUGAAGACAUCUGCUCUUAUUGUUAGAAGAUGAGUGAUCAGAUCCGAUUUCUCUGUUCGUUUGCACUCAUGUCCUCAGUAAUCAGUAUUAGCUUAAUUUGAAUCACAGUCAGUGCUGUGUGCGUUUGCUGCUUGUGUGCACGGUGCACACACCUGUAUGCUUAGUGUGUGAGCUUAAAACUAGUUUGUGUGCUUGUUUGUGUCUGUUUGUUAAUGUAUGUCUUCUGCUGCCAUCAUAUUAAGCUUAGUAAAUAUUAGCUCUCUGAACUGAGAUCCAGAGAGAAAGGAGUGUCAUACUUACCAUCAUAGCUUUGUACUAAAAACCCGUUAUUUAGGAAGGACUCAUUUAUGGUCAUUAUCACAGAAUAGAAGACUUUUGCGAUGUUUGCAUUAGUUUCUUUGUCAGAAAAAAAAGAAGCUUAAGAAAACAUGAAAUAAAGAAGCACCUUUGCAAAAAAAAAAAUAUAUAUAUAUAUAUAAACACAAUGCCAAAUAAUUAUUUUUCUUAUUUUUGGGAGGGGAAGGAAAUUAUAAUUUUCAGAUAAAAUAAUGGAAUGUUAUUUUCUUCAUCUGCCCCCUCUUCUCCCCAACUGGGACUCAGGAGUAUGUGGAGGUACUCUAGGGUGCGUGAAUGAGCACUACUCUGUGGAUAACGUGAAUGUGUAGAAGAGCCUAUUGUAGAAUUGCAUUGUAUGUAAUGUACAUAACGAAUAAAGAUUGUAUUUUGUUCAGGUUUUCAUAAAUAAAUGACUCAGGUCUUUGAUUUGUUUGUAACCAGUUGGGAUGCAACUAUA